CAGUUGUUUCAUUCCUCUCAUAAGAUUCCCGCGAAUUGUUCUCGUCUGAGAGCAACCUGUGUCAUCUGUCGCGCUCUCUUUAUUCCGAAAAGAAGGAUAAAAAAAGUUGUUGUUUUUUUGUUCUUAUAAAGUAAACCUUAAAUCACCUCAAGAAGAUGGCAGAUACCGAUGUUGAUACUACUACCACUGAGGUCCCAGUCACAAAGGAUCUUAAAGAAAAGAAGGAAGUUGUAGAGGAACCAGAAAAAAAAACUGAGAAGAAUGGAAGUGGUGAUGCCACAAAUGGAACGGAAGAGAAUGGUGCUGACCAUAGUGAAGAGAAUGCUGAUGAAGGAGAGGAAGAGGAGGAGGAAGGAGAAGGAGAGGGUGAAGGAGAAGAAGAGGAAGAAGGUGAAGGAGAGGAGACCGAUGAAACGGAAGACCGUCCCACAAAGCGUCCAGCAGAGGAUGAGGAGAAAGUUGAAACUAAAAAACAGAAAACAGAAAAUGGAGAUUCGACAGAAGUUAAAGAGUCUGCCUGAUUCCCUUCCCUGAAAUUUUUAUAGCUUAAGUGACAUGGUUGACUUUAAAUUGUAGAGAACGUGCUUUAUAUCUGUACAUUUUACAGAAUGACUUUUUAUAUACUGUAAACCCACAUGCACUAGAGACCUGUAACAUCACAGCUAGAUAGCGAAGGUUUUUGUAAAAUGUUGUUCAAUGGUGCUUGUUUGUAAAGGUUGACUGCUAAAAUAAAAGAUCUUGACUUUUGUUUUUAUGUGGUGGUAUAGCUUUGCGGUUGUAUAUCUUAGAAGCACACAUGUCUUUCAUAACUGGUACAGUCAUGUGUAUUCUUGAGUAAAGCUGCCUUCCUGUAAUAUAAUUGUGUUUAGGAUAGAAAGUUCAUAUGCAAUGAAGGCCAAAGAUAUGGGUCUUAUUUAGCCAGGGCUAACCUGGGUUAUUCUGUAUAGAUCUUUGGACUCAGUUUUGUUGCUGUAUGGUAUAUAGUUGUGGUGUAUACAAGGUUUGGAAAUUGGCAGGUUCAAUAUGUAAAUUUAUCUGUAUCCUAAUGUGCUAUCAAAGUGUGUGUUUUGCUGAAAUUUUGAGGCAUCGACAGAAGUCUUCAUACCAUUUAUGACUAGAUUGAAGAUAAAGGAAAAAAUAACUAUACCUCAUUAGUUGAUGCUUGACCACUACUUUGUAUAUUCAGGUUGAGUACUAUAAAUAAAUCUUUCUUUUAUAUAUAAA